GGCUACAAUACACGGUGCCAAUCAGACGUGCUACCUCCUCGCAGCAAAUUCUUUUGUUUUCGUGCAGGCUCAAAAUGAGCCCAACUCGAAAAAACACGAUCUUCGUGGACUUCGGAGUCCUACCAGCUCGCCCACCGCUGGAUUCCAUAAAAACCUUUGUGGAAAAAAGCAUGGGCCUUAAUCCUGCCGGGUUUAAGUGCCUUCAACUGCACAACACCCGGAACGGCAUCCUCAUCGAGAUGGCUGACCUAGCAACAGCCACCCAAGUAGCAGCAGACAACCACAUGAAGCACGCACUCCGUUCAGGUGAGAAGAAUUUCCUGAUCCCGGUGUACGUUGACGACAACGCCGUCGACGUCCGGGUCCACGAUCUUCCGCCAGGAAUGCCCAACGACGACAUCGCUGACGGAAUGGCGCAGUAUGGAGAGGUGCUGACGAUUACGGACGACGUUUGGAAGAACUUCUUCCCCGGGAUUCCAAACGGUGUGCGGGUCCUGAGGAUGAAACUCGCCAGAUCCCGACUUGCCGACGAUGUGGACAGAAAAGUCACCCCGAAAAAACCUGCUCAUCUGCAAAAGCAAAAAAGAAGACCGUGA